GUAGCUGGCGAUUGGUGGAGAAGGCGGAGGCUGUCCCGGUGGAGGCGACGAAGGGGCGGGCUCCGGGAGUCCGGACGAGCCCGAGCGCGUCAACCCCUCGCGCUGAGGUGGUGGCUUGUGUCCCGCCGGCCCGCUCCGUGUCGCCCCGCACUGCUGUGGCCGCCGCGGCACCAUGGCUGUGUUCGUCGUGCUUCUGUCCUUGCUGGUGGCGGGUGUUUUGGGGAAUGAGUUUAGUAUACUAAGAUCACCAGGGUCCGUUGUUUUCCGAAAUGGAAAUUGGCCUAUACCAGGAGAGCGAAUCCCAGAUGUGGCUGCAUUGUCCAUGGGCUUCUCUGUGAAAGAAGACCUUUCUUGGCCAGGACUUGCUGUGGGUAACCUGUUCCAUCGUCCUCGGGCUACUGUUAUGGUGAUGGUGAAGGGAGUAGACAAACUGGCUCUACCCCCAGGCAGUGUCAUUUCUUACCCCUUGGAGAAUGCAGUUCCUUUUAGUCUUGACAGUGUUGCGAAUUCCAUUCACUCCUUAUUUUCUGAGGAAACUCCUGUAGUUUUGCAGUUGGCUCCCAGUGAGGAAAGAGUGUAUAUGGUAGGGAAGGCAAACUCAGUUUUUGAAGACCUUUCAGUCACAUUACGACAGCUCCGUAAUCGCCUGUUUCAAGAAAACUCCGUUCUCAAUUCACUUCCCCUCAAUUCUCUGAGUAGGAACAAUGAAGUUGAUCUGCUCUUUCUUUCUGAACUGCAAGUACUACAUGAUAUUUCAAGUUUGUUGUCUCGUCAUAAGCAUCUAGCCAAGGAUCAUUCUCCUGAUUUAUAUUCACUGGAGCUAGCAGGUUUAGAUGAAAUUGGGAAACGUUAUGGGGAAGACUCUGAGCAAUUCAGAGAUGCUUCUAAGAUCCUUGUUGAUGCUCUGCAAAAGUUUGCAGAUGACAUGUACAAUCUUUAUGGUGGAAAUGCAGUGGUAGAGUUAGUGACUGUCAAGUCAUUUGACACAUCCCUUGUGAGGAAGACAAGGACUAUCCUCGAGACAAAACAAACAAAGAGCACAGCAAGUCCCUACAACCUUGCAUAUAAGUAUAAUUUUGAGUAUCCAGUGGUUUUCAACAUGGUACUUUGGAUAAUGAUCGCCUUGGCCUUGGCUGUGAUUAUCACCUCUUACAAUAUUUGGAACAUGGAUCCUGGAUAUGAUAGCAUCAUUUAUAGGAUGACAAACCAGAAGAUUCGAAUGGAUUGAACUUUCCUUAUGCCAGACUUAGAAAAGGAGUUUGGAAUUUGGCUGUUUUGUUAAAAUAUAUCUCUUAGUGUGGUUUAAAGUAGAUAGUAUACUUUAAAUUUAUAUAUAAAAAAAAGCAAAUUUUGUUCUCUAUUUUGUGUGUGCCUAUGAUGUUUUUUUAGAGUGAAUUAUAGUAUUGAUGUGAAUUGAACUGUGUGAUAUAGAUUCCAUAAUAUGCUCAAAUAUGCUAUAGCCAUUUAAUAACAUAAUUUCAUUCCAUUUAAUAAAUUUGGAAAUGUGCACUGAAAGAAAUGUAAAAUGCUUAGAAUAGCUUGUGUUAUUUAUGUUGGAAAAAUGCACUGAAUUUAUUAGAGAAUCUUAUGAAUGCCUAACUUCCUUACACAGGGUAGGUGAAAAUUGUAUUUGGGCUGUUGUAUACUAUGAACCAUUUGUAAAUGUCUUAAUUUGAUGUAAAUAUCUCUGAAACAAGAGAAAAGGUUUUUAAUUUAGAGCAGCCCUAGAAUAUGGAUGUGCUUAUACAAUCGCUUAGUUUUGGAACUGUAUCUGAUUGACCUCUAGAGGAUAGCUGUUUUUUAACCUUCUGUAAGUCCGGUGAUUCAUAUGGUUUAGUAUGGAUAUUAAAAAUACUACAUUGAUCUAAGAAGAGACUAGCUUUGUGGAGUAUAGAUGCUUUUAAUUGUACACACAAAAACAAAUCUUUGGGGGACAUCUUGAGGCAUGAAUAUAAAAUAUUUUUAUUUCAGUAACUUUUCCCAUGUAAGUUACUAUGGUUUGUGGUACAACUUCAUUCUAUAGAAUAUUAAUUGGAAGUAGAUAAAUUCUACUUUUCAUGUGCAAGUGGACCAAUGUCUUUAAAGAGUGACAAAUAAAGUUAAUGAU